AUGAAUGAUAACAACAUAUCAGUUUCAGUGGGGGACUUACUCCCGAUACCAGAUGUUGACUGUGAUGUGAAAAGUUCUGAUGAGACAAAUAAUAAACUAGUCGAUCAAGAUACUUCUAUAGAGUCUGAGUAUGAAGAUGUUGAACCUGAUUUGAAUUCUACGUUACAGGAAGGUGAACAGGAGAAAGAACAAGAUAUAAAUAAAAGAGAAAGACGACCCCCAGAACGUUUUGGAUAUUCGAAUUUAUGCACUUCAUCGAAUGAGAAGCUGAAUGAUCCAGUAACUGUUCAAGAGGCUCUUCAGAGUUCAUGCGACCCAUGUUUCAUAAAGAAUGUAAGCGGGGUUUGCAAAACGAUAAGCGAAUGCCGUUACGCCAAGAAGUUGGUGAGGGAAGAUCAGGUCAAACCUCCUACAUGUAAGUUUCAAGGUGAAGACAGAAUAGUUUGUUGUCCUGAAAAUGAUUUAUUCCAUGAAACAGGAGUAUUUAAGCAUCACUUCGUGGGACUCGCAAGAGGAGUCAAGAAAUCUAAGUAUAUGACCUGCCGUUACGAUGGCUACCAGCCUUUACAAUGCUGUGAGAACGCCAAACCUGUCAACAUACCACCAGAAAAUGUAACGUGUCCAAGUCUCCCGAGACCUCGACUUGCAAAAAAGCAUAUCGCCUGGACAAAAUGUGUGGACUACCAGCGUUAUAUCAACAAGUGCGUGCCGGAUCCAAUCGACCGAACUCGAAUGCGAAGAGUUAAUACUUGCGGCAUCACCAACUCAAAUUUCAGGAUUUCUGGUGGCGUUGAAGCAAACCCUAGAGAGUUUCCGUUUAUGGCCGUCAUCGGCUGUCACAAUUCCUUAGACCUGGAUGCUGACAUCAAAUGGGUAGGCGGAGGCUCGCUGAUCAGUGAGAAGUUUAUACUCACAGCUACUCACAUACUGAGUGAACCGACUUAUGGUCGCGUACGGUACGCGUUGCUCGGUACUCUGAAUAAAACAGACAUAAGGUCCGGAGUUUUGUACAAUAUUGUCUCCAUGAUCGCGUACCCCGAUUACAACGUACCCGUUAAAGCAAAUGACAUAGCGCUUCUGGAAUUAGAUAGACAGGUGUUCUUCAAUGAAUUUAUUCAUCCUGUCUGUCUCCCCGUCCCGGGCAGAAAGAUUACAGAAGAUGACUAUAUCGUAGCUGGUUGGGGAGAAACCCAUAACAGGGUUAGCAGUGACGUCUUAUUAACUGCAAGACUGCGACGUACCGACGAGUGUAAGACCAAAAUAGUAAGAAAAGAUUUUGUUUAUUCCGACGAAAUGUAUAUAUGUGCUAAAGGAAAGGUGAAAAGGGGAGUCUAUCAAGAUACCUGCCAGGUUGGUUCAUUGCGACUAUUGGGUUGUUGA